GACAAGGGAAGGAAGCAUGAACACAUUUUUAGAUACUUUUGUUUACUUAGUUUAUGUAGUCAUGUUUCACCUUUAGAGAUGAUAAUACGAGAGAAAUAUAUAAGAAAUGUGUAAGACAUUACUCAAGCUUACCGGUGUGUUUUUAUUAAGCCUGGUUGGCUUAAUUACAGUGGCCAAAACACUGCAGCCUAGAUCUCUGACUGUUCACGAAUCUCUGAUCUAUGUAUCGACGCUGAGUGGAACCUUCCAUGCAGUGAGCAAGUCAACAGGGAAGAUACUAUGGACUCUAGAUGAAGAACCAGUCCUCAAAGUUCCCACAGCUGUUGGUCGACUGAGUUUUCUCCCAGACCCAAAGGAUGGAAGUUUGUAUGCCCUUAGUGAUGGAAGAGAGGGAAUUAAGAAGUUGCCCUUUACAAUCCCCCAGCUUGUAACUGCUUCCCCCUGUAAGAGCAAUGAGGGGAUGUUGUACACAGGGCAUAAAAAGGACACGUGGAUAGCUAUAGAUGUCACAACUGGAGUUAAAAUGCAGACUCUGUCCAGUGAUGGAACUCAGAAAAUGUGUCCAUCCAGUGCCGAGAAGGUCAUCUACAUUGGUCGCACAGAAUACACCAUUAACAUGUUUGACAGCAAAACAGGCAAUAAAAGGUGGAAUGCUACGUUUAUGGAUUACUCAUCUCAUGUGGGGGAAGUGAAAGAGUAUGACUUGCGACAUUUUACGGCCAGUUCUACUGGAAUGGCUGUCACCCUGGACAAUAAAUCAGGGGAGGUGUUAUGGUACACUGACUUUCAGUCUCCGGUGGUAGCAAUGUACACGAUGGACCAUGAAGGACUACAAAAGGUACCCUUCACAAGCUUUGCCCCCGAGACUUUGGAUCAUCUGACCGGACAGCUGUCAUCAGAACACUGGAGAAAUAAGUUCCUCUUACAUGGACAGCAGAAGGUUUUCUAUCCUACUCUAUAUGUGGGAGAGUAUGAACAUGGCUAUUUUGCCACAAAUUCUCUGGUGGAUGAAAAAACAGUAACUGUGGCUCCAAAGAAUCAGGGUCCUUUAUUGCUGGAGGGACCAGGUGUGUCAGACCUACCCAGAGGGAAAAAUGACAAAACAGAUAUUCCAGAGCCAGGUACACACAGAGAUGCCAUCACAGCUCACACAGUCAGAAGACCAGAAAUAAUGAUACUAGGUUAUCAUGAAGUACCAGAUAAAGCUAAGUCCAGAUUUUCUCCUGCUUUCCAAAUUGAGGACAGGUCGAAUGUGAUCCCCCCAGUCUCCAGCGAGGAGGAGAUUCUUGCUAAUGCCACUACCUCCAGAACAGAAGACAAUGUGCUCUUAAAAUACCUGAGUGCAGAUGUCAGGUUUAGCAUCACAGUAGCGCUGUCCCUCAUUACAAUACUGGCUGUUGUGUAUUAUUUUCCAAAGAGAACUGAGCAGUCUAUAAAGAUAAUGCUGCAGAAACAGAUAGAAGAACAACGGGAGAGGGAUAAAAAACAGAUAUCAGCUCAGACCUCCCUUCAGGGGUCACAGUCAUCAUCUGACCUGUAUGAAGCUGUCCCUGAAGGCCAUUAUCAAGUUGGAAAGAUCUUCUAUAAUCCAAAAUGUGUGUUAGGACAUGGCUGUGAGGGAACAAUUGUAUACAGGGGUAAAUUUGACAACCGAGAUGUGGCAGUGAAGCGUUUGCUGCCGGAGUGCUUUACCUUUGCUGACAGAGAAGUGGAAUUACUCAGAGAGUCAGACCAACAUUCCAAUGUCAUCAGAUACUUCUGCAUGGAAGCAGAUAGCCAAUUCAGAUACAUAGCUUUAGAACUGUGUGUUGCUACAGUACAGGAUCUUAUAACAGGGAAGACACAAUAUACAUACAAAAUGGAUGCCAUUGAUAUCUUAUUUCAGGCCUUGUGUGGAAUCUCACAUCUACAUUCUCUUGAUAUUGUUCACAGAGAUGUGAAACCACACAAUGUAUUGCUGUCUCAGCCAGAUUCCAGAGGUCAGAUCAGGGUCAUGAUAUCCGACUUUGGUCUGUGUAAAAAACUGGCAGCUGGUAGGAUAUCAUUCUCACGCCGAUCUGGGGCAGCUGGCACCGAGGGCUGGAUAGCUCCCGAGAUGUUAGAUGAAGAACAGAGGACAACUUGUGCUGUAGAUAUAUUUUCAGUAGGAUGUGUAUUUUAUUAUGUCCUGACAAAAGGAAAACAUCCGUUUGGAGAUUCCUUAAGAAGGCAGGCAAACAUUUUAUCUGGAGAAUUUAAUUUGGAUAGUUUACCAAUGACAGAGGGAUAUGUCAGAAGGAAUCUCAUUGAGAAAAUGAUCAGUUUUGAUCCUACGCAAAGGCCUACAGCUAAGACAGUCCUCCAGCACCCAUUCUUCUGGACCAGGGAAAGACAACUCAUGUUCUUCCAGGAUGUGAGUGACAGAAUUGAAAAGGAGGCAGCAGACAGUGAAGUUGUUCAGCAGUUAGAACAUGGCGGUUUGGAGGUGGUCAAGUUUGACUGGAGACGACACAUCACAGAGGAACUACAAAAUGAUCUGAGAAAGUUUAGAACAUACAAAGGACAAAAUGUGAGAGAUCUACUAAGAGCCAUGAGGAAUAAAAAACACCAUUACCGCGAGCUCCCUGAGGAAGUGAAGAAUUCAUUAGGAGCUGUCCCAGACCAGUUUGUCUGUUAUUUCACGAUGCGUUUCCCCAAACUUCUCACUCACACAUACAACGCCAUGAUGUGCUGUAAACACGAGCGUGUCUUUAAUCAAUACUACAAUAUGGAGGAAUAGCGUAAUACGUCAUAUAUCACAGUGAUCUUUAACAACUAUAGAACACUAUAUUGUGAUGUUUUUGUUUUGAACUUGUGACAAUUGCUGUUGAAUCUACUCCCUUCACCAAACCAAAUUUUAGUUCAUUUUGAGGUUUAGAAAAUAUACUUUAACUUUCUUUUUGGUUUGUAUAUGUACAUUCCUUUGUUUAUGUUGUUUUUUUUUUAAUUUUUGUUGCUGGCAGGGCAUUUUACUACAUGUACUAUCUACUGCAUCGCCCAUUUCAUUUGUCCAUUUUUGCACCCUUAGAUUUUAGGACAUUUUAUGAAUCCCUUGUAUAGAGUUUUUAUUUUAUACUCAUUCAGUAAAAAAUCAUCGACAAUUUUUUGAAGAGUUCAUUUAACCAUUCUCACAUUUGAAUGUUGUGUACAUUUAGAUUUGUAUUGCCAGGAUGGUGAUAUUUCUUCAUCUUUUUUAUGAAAACAUUCACUUUACAUGAGGAGCUCUGUCUUUAAUAUUUCAAUUUGAUGAAAUGCAAAAUUCACAGUUUUUCUUAUUUUUGUACCAUGACAGGGUGCUACAGUAUACAUGUAUUAAAUAAAUGUUCAUAUUUCAUGCACAAGGAUCACAUGAUUCUAAACGUUGCAUUUUGAUUGGGUUAUGGAAAUGCCUUCUUGUUAUUGAUUACUGUUUUUAAAAAAAAUGAUGUGUAAAUAUGUACAUAUAUGUUAGAUGGUAUUUUUAUGAAAAUAGAUUUAUAUUCAUCUUAUGUAAAUUCAUAAUUAACUUCACUUUCUUGAGAUGAUGGUGCAUGUAAGAUCAGAGCUGUUGUUUCAAUCAUUUUGAUCUUGUACUUGAUUUGUGAUACUGGUACAUGAUUUUGUUGCUCUUUGAAACCUAGGACAUUGCUCAAGAUUUUACGGUACUUUGAUUUUUUAUUGCUUUUUGCAGUGGGGGGAAAAUGAGCAUACAGUUAACUCUGCAUGCAGGAUAUCUUUUAAAUUUAUAGCUUUAAAAACAUUCAAGGUACAGGUAGAUUUAUUCAGUUUAUUUACCAGAAACUGUCAUGUCUUAAAAAAUCACAAAUAUUUAUUCCAGAUAGAAUGUAGUUGUUAAAAGAAAAUUUUUUGAAUAUUAGUUCAGAAAGCUUGUAAAUAUUUUGCAAUAUUUUCCUAGUCUUACAUUCCGUCAAACAUUUUAAUAUAUAAUAAUUUAUUUCAUCUGCUUUUUUGUCUGUGCAAUGUGUAAUAAGUGUGCGAGUUGUUUAAGGAGGGGUGCGUGAUAACAAACUUCAAGAGAGAUAGUUGUGUGCAUUUUAAAUGUAGUAUUCUCUAGUUUAAAUUCUUGAUUUUAAGGAAGCUUGGUUGUCACCAAAUUACCCAACAGUUCCUCUCAAAAUAUUCAAUAUGAUUUUUCUGUAGCCAUAAAUUACAGUAUUAUUUAGUAAAGGGAAAAUAACUGUUUAAGCUAUAAUAUUUAAUGCAAUUUUUUUUAUUUUUCAUCUACACAAUGUCAAGGUUUACUGAUAUUCCUCUUCACAAACCCUUGUCAAAAGACAGUAUUUAAUUUGGGCUUGUGGUUACACAUGACACAAUGGUUAAUUAUAAACCAACCAAUGAGAAUAUUUCUUUUAAAUCUAUCAUUAUCAAGAGGUUCAAAGCCAUGGAACAUCUUUUGUGAUUGUAAGGAGGAGGGUCUUCCAAAAAUUAAUCUCUUGAAAUUUUGAGGUAACUAAUCACAAAUCCUACAAUAUUGGCAUUUUCCCAUGUCAAAGACAAGUCAUAUUUGUUUGCAAAACUUACAUACUAUAAAGGCUGUUUUUUGAUUGGUUCCCAGUCCUUGACGGGAACAAAUGAAAUAGUAGCUUUCCAGUCAGACUUUUAAAUUUGACAUUUAUCAAGAGUUUGUGUAGAGGAACGAAUAUAACAAAAACUUUGACAUUGUGAACAUCUAUAUUUUUAAACAGAGCUCUUCUUUCCCAAAAGGUUUAAACAGUCUUUAAAUGGCCUGCUGAUGAACACAAGCUGUCUUUUAAAACAUCAUUCAGAAUAUUUUGAUUUUUGAAUUUAUUCUCUGAAAGGUUUAUUGAAAAAAUUGCAAGUAUUCUCUGUAGAUAAGACUUGGUCUAAUUGUUCUCUGUUCCCUCUUUAUAUGUCCUCAACUUGAAUAAUUUAUAAAUUUCAUGGACGUACUCCACUUAUGUGCAGAUAGCAACAAUGAAGCCUGGUCUUGCUUAUUACAUGCAUUUAUGUUUGGUGUGUAUUAAUCAUAGCUGUCAUGUGGACAUAGUAUUUUACACAAAAAUCUCAUUUUGAAUUCAGUUUUUCAAGUUUGAACAUUGUUUUUAAUGUUCAUCCCAUACAUCAAUAUUUGUUGUGAAGAUUCUGAUUUUUAGGGCAGAAAUUUAAAAGAAGAGAAUGUGUGAAUUUUACUGUGAAUACAAAUAUAUAUUUGUAUGAAAAGAGAACUGUUGAGCACUGUUAUAAAUGUUGUUUAUAUAUAUUUUUUAAU